AUGCAUUCCUGUGAGUACAAUGUCCCUGAAGAAAAUGAAAUAUAUGUGGUGAUACUUCUACCAAAAAAUAACAGAUACUUGGCGUCCUACAGCAAAGUAAGGCCGGCGAUCAACGUGUCUUUGUCAAAAAUAAAAGAGCUGGGUUUGUUACCGAAUAUAAAGUUUAACAUCACUGAUGCUGCUGAUACAAAAUGUGACUCUGACCCCAGUAUAUGGGAGGCUGUUAAAGCUUACAUCGAAUUACCAGUGCAUCUAUUCUUGGGGCCUUCAUGUGAUUAUGCUGUUGCACCAAUCGCACGCUUGCUGAAGUAUAUGAAAAUACCAAUGAUAACAGCUGGUGCUCUGGCUAUGGAUUUUAAUCGUAAAGAUCGGAAGGACGGUAGCUCCGAAUACUUUAUGUUGGUUAGAACUGGAUGGAUAUUUAAAGGCAUGGCGAAUAUUUUGGACCAUAUAUUCAAGAGGUUCAACUGGAAGAAAAUCGUGGUUCUUUUCCAAGCCGAUGGCAGACGAGAUAUAAUGAAAGAACAUUACUGCAGUUUAUCUGCAAAGUCAAUAAUCGACGUCAUAUUUCCACGGAAAAAUUGCACGAUCAGGCAGCAAAAGUUACCUGAAAACUUUACGAUGGAGAAUGCAGAGGAAGUUACGAAGACGUACAUUGGUCGUGAUUAUGGAGGUGCAGGUGCUGAUUUAAUUUCGGUGUCAAUAGCUCAAGCGGGGUAUGAGCUAUUGAACGUUUCUUGUCGUCAAUUGUGA